UCUCGUCCUGAUCAACUUGUUCUUCCCGCUUGCCCUAUCCACUCGGUCCCCUUUCCCAACAAUGACUGGUGACGACCCCAUCAACAACGGCUACUAUGUCGACAGCUUCCCCGCAGCUGGCCUUCGUCAAGUCUUCCGUCACAUCACCGGCAACGCCGACGAUGGCAAGUCGGUCUUUCUACACUCGGACCAUGGCAACCACCACCGGGUGAUUGGGGAGAAGCAGGCGGUUGCCAACAUCAUGUACUCGACGCAGGAGACACCAGUAGAGUUGAACGGCGACGUCGACGUUCAAAAAGCGCUGUCGCAAGAGCCUCCCUUCCACUACACCUCAGGCUCCGUCUGCCGCAUGAUGGACUUUGCCCCCGGCGCCGCCUCCCCGCUGCACCGCGGGAUGACGAUCGACUACGGCGUCGUGGUCGAGGGCGUGUUCGAGCUGAGCCUCGACUCGGGCCAGAAGCGCAUCCUGCGCCAGGGCGACGUGGCCGUGCAGCGCGCCACCGCCCACGUCUGGAAGAACGUCACGGGCGGCGGCACCCUGCCCGGCCGCAUGCUCUGGGUUCUGCUGGACUGCAAGGACGUCUACGUCGGGGGCUCGGCGGGGGCGGGGGAGGGCGCCAAGGUGACGGGGGACUUGGGGAGCUUGAAGAAGGAGUACGAGGGCAGAGGGACGUACUGAGGCUGGGGUGGGGUGUAUACACUGCUUUGUUUUUUUUCCUUUGGUUUUUUAAGGUGGAAGAAGAAUGCCAACUACAAAACAUUACGAGCGAAAAUGGCGGUGCGAUCGUGCAAUGACAGGAGACCUAGCCAAGGAAUGCCAAAACUCCGUUCAGUGAAUGCAGAAUGGCGCGCGCCGCAGAGUGAUGUUUGCAAGUGACGUGACUGGGCAAAAUUGGUCAGUAAACGGGAGCUAACCGACCUUCUC